CACACGCCGUGACCCCGCGCAGCCGCGCGGCCCGCGGACUCUGCGUAGGGGUUGGCGCCGGAGCGGUCCGGCCGUCGGGGGCUGACGCCGAGCGCUCUGCCCGCCGUCUCCGCGGCGCGUCGGCCCCGGUGCGUGGCCGCCCGGGAGCGUCGGCCGGGCGGACCGGCAUCAAGCUGAGACCAUGUCCCUGUACGAUGACCUGGGGGUGGAGACCAGCGACUCAAAGACGGAAGGCUGGUCCAAGAACUUCAAGCUCCUGCAGUCGCAGCUGCAGGUGAAGAAGGCAGCCCUCACGCAGGCCAAGAGCCAGAGGACAAAACAGAGCACAGUCCUUGCCCCGGUCAUCGAUCUGAAGCGGGGCGGCUCCUCGGACGAGCGCCAGGUAGUGGACACCCCGCCGCACGUGGCCGCCGGCCUCAAGGACCCUGUUCCCAGUGGCUUUUCCGCAGGAGAAGUUCUGAUCCCCUUGGCCGACGAGUAUGACCCCAUGUUUCCUAACGAUUACGAGAAGGUGGUGAAGCGGCAGCGAGAGGAGCGGCAGCGACAGCGGGAGCUGGAGAGACAGAAGGAGAUAGAAGAGAGAGAGAAGAGGCGUAAGGACAGACAUGAGGCCAGUGGCUUUUCACGGCGGCCGGAUCCAGAUUCGGACGAAGAUGAAGACUACGAGCGAGAGAGGAGGAAGCGAAGUAUGGGCGGCGCUGCCAUCGCCCCCCCCACGUCUCUUGUGGAGAAGGACAAAGAGCUGCCCCGAGACUUCCCGUACGAAGAGGACUCCAGACCCCGUUCACAGUCUUCCAAAGCUGCUAUCCCUCCCCCGGUGUACGAGGAACAGGACAGACCCAGAUCCCCGACCGGCCCGGGCAACUCCUUCCUCGCCAACAUGGGUGGCACCGUAGCACAUAAAAUCAUGCAGAAGUACGGCUUCCGGGAAGGCCAGGGCCUCGGGAAGCACGAGCAGGGGCUGAGCACGGCGCUGUCGGUGGAGAAGACCAGCAAGCGGGGAGGCAAGAUCAUCGUGGGCGACGCCACCGAGAAAGAUGCAGCCAAGAAGUCGGACUCAAAUCCACUGACUGAAAUACUCAAGUGUCCUACGAAGGUGGUCCUGCUAAGGAACAUGGUCGGCGCGGGGGAGGUCGAUGAAGACCUGGAGGUGGAAACCAAGGAAGAGUGUGAGAAGUACGGCAAAGUCGGAAAAUGUGUGAUAUUUGAAAUCCCGGGGGCCCCUGAUGAUGAGGCCGUACGCAUAUUUCUAGAGUUUGAGAGGGUCGAAUCAGCAAUUAAAGCUGUUGUCGAUCUGAAUGGGAGGUAUUUUGGUGGACGGGUGGUCAAAGCAUGUUUCUACAACUUGGAUAAAUUCAGGGUCUUGGAUUUGGCAGAACAAGUUUGAUUUUAAGAACUAGAGCCCACGUCAUCUCCAAAGAUCCUUUGAUGAACUGCACGCUGAGAAGAGAAAAACGCGCCAGCCAGCCCGCACGGCUGUGGCACAGAGACUCCAGGAGGACUCUGACACUUACCUUGACUGAUCCCUUUUUUAUUUUGUGGAGUUUUUUAAUAUAGUAUAAAAAAUCCUUAAAAAGAAAAAAAACACACACACAAAGCAAAACAAAAAACCAAUCUGUGUGCCUCUCUGGUUGUUCCCCUUUUCUUACCACUUCGGAGGUGAUCACCCUUUUGCUAGGAUUUCACGAUACUUCUCAAGUGCUUCAGUGAUACGUAUUUCUUGCACUAAAAAAUCUAGACAGUUUUGGGAUGUGGGGUUGUUACCCUUUGCUUUUCUUUCUUUCCUUUUUUGACUCAUUUUAAUAAAACCUGCCAGUUACUAAACUGUAGCUUCAUAAGUUCUAUAAUAAAGUCUCAUCUUGGCAUUCUGCGCAAGGUGAAAAGCUCAGCUUUCUCUAGCAGAGAAAUUCUUCUGGCUCCAGUCGCAGAAACCUCUUGACGGCCUGAAUGAAGGUUGAAGAAUUGUGAACCUUCCCUGACCUGUUUGGAUGAAGCUCUUUUCAGUUAAGCCAAGCCAGCUUAUAGUUUGUGAUGGACUUAGGGGUAUUUGGGUGUAGAAAUCAUAAACAUAGCAUUUGUGUUCAGCGCGUCAAGCCUAGUCUUUAGACCAGAUGGACAGGUUAGCUCAGCGCCUCCUAGGGACACUGAAUGGGCCCAGUUCUGCUGUGGAAAUGAUGUUUCCUUGGGGUCACGUGUCUGCUGGCAAAAUUUGCAGUAGUGUCAGUUCUCAUACGUAAUUUUAAGAUUUAUAAAAUUGAGCCACGUCACCUGCCUGACUUGUACUGCCCACCGGUACGAGUCUGGAAUUGUGGACGAUGGUACGGUCAAGUGCAAACACUGAGCAGGACGCCAAGCAGACACCAGAUAGAAAUACUUGGCGCCGCGAAUCCGGCGCAGGAAGUGCUUCCCGAAGGUUCGUGUCCGGUGUUGUGUUCCUCGCCUGCCCCAGCGCUGCAUGUGACUUACCCGCGGCGGCACCUGCCGGUCGUGCCCCAUGGUCUCGCGGUCACCGCGACCACACGAGAGCGCGCUGUGACCCUGCGGGGGAAGACGCGCUCGGCAUUUCUUUGCAUCCAUGGACCUUGUUUGGAGACAUAAGGAAUAUUCUGACCCUUUUUAAAAAAGGAUUUUCUCAUGUUUUUAUUUAACAUAAAUAAAAGAGUAACGUUUU